CAUGUUUAAAAUGCAGUCAUUAUAUUGCACUGGAAUAUUUUUCCUGUGCUCUAGUUUUUUGGUGGAGGCAAUUUCGGUCGAUGGGAGCAAUUUGAGGUCCUGGGACUAUACUUUAAUAUCGGUGUCCAUGACGACAGACAAUGCGGAGCUGGCCGGCGGCGAUACUCGGGUCGACCGAAUUGGUCGCGGAGAAUACGGACUGAGUGGUACCCUGUAUGCCAACGUGGAUGUUCCCCAGGACUUGGAGGUGGACGUUACCAUCUACCGCAGCACCGACGGCGGUGAGACAUACAAGCUCCAGCCGUACUCGAUUCCGCGCCAGACUGUCUACAGCGCCGUUAACAAUUUCUACAAGAAAAUAAUCAUGCCCAGUGUGGCCAAUUGCUCGAACUUACCCCAAUUCGCGGACACCUUGGAGUUCAUGCCCGCCCAGGUGUUCAAGUACGAAAAGUGCCAGGUGGGCACCGAGGGGUUUCCGAAAUAUUUAGCUGACGGCUGGUACAAAGGCGUCAUCGAAACCCACGGCCUUGUCGGGCUCGUCUGGACGUGCAUCGUCGGGGUCAAGCAGAAAUCCUUCUAG